GACAAACUUGGAAGCACUUCAGAAGAAGCUAGAAGAACUAGAGUUGGAUGAACAGCAACGAAAGCGUCUUGAAGCGUUCCUUACUCAGAAACAAAAAGUUGGAGAGCUGAAGGAUGAUGACUUUGAGAAGAUCAGUGAGCUGGGAGCAGGAAACGGUGGUGUGGUCUUCAAAGUAUCUCACAAGCCCUCUGGUCUCAUAAUGGCAAGAAAGUUAAUUCACCUGGAGAUCAAGCCAGCUAUUCGAAACCAGAUCAUUCGUGAGCUGCAAGUCCUACACGAGUGCAACUCUCCAUACAUAGUGGGCUUUUAUGGAGCUUUUUACAGUGAUGGAGAAAUCAGCAUUUGCAUGGAACAUAUGGAUGGCGGCUCCUUGGAUCAAGUACUGAAAAAGGCUGGAAGAAUUCCAGAGCAGAUACUGGGCAAAGUUAGCAUUGCGGUAAUAAAAGGACUCACGUAUCUGAGAGAAAAGCACAAAAUAAUGCACAGAG